CCAAACGCUACACUCCUUGUCAAAGAAGGAGUUCACGAGUCAGAGACAGGAGGAGCUUCCUCCACUCUCUCUCCCUCUCUCUCUCUCUGCAUAUAAAUAACCCUCUUUUCACUCUCUUCUUAACCCACCACCACCACCGCCCAAACGCCUCUCUAGCUUUUCUCAGCCGUUUCUUCCCUCUGGGUCUCUCUCUCUUGCCAUGUAUUUUUGGUCUCUAACUCGCUGAGUCGAGAGGGUGGUCGCGAGUUUCUCCUUCUUUGUUUUUUCUGGGGGGGAAAAAAUGGAGGUGCCGAGGUUCUUCGUGAGCGGAGGGAUUAAGCUGCCGAUCGGGUUCAGGUUCCGACCCACGGACCGAGAGCUGGUGGUUCAUUACCUGAAGAGAAAAGUUCUGGCCGUUCCAUUGCCCGCUUCUGUGAUUCCUGAGCUCGAUGUGUUUCGGGCCGAUCCUUGGGACUUGCCAGGAAGUUUGAGGGAGAGGAGGUACUUCUUCAGCAGAAGAAACAGGAGUUCCAAUGGCCAUGAACGCACAAGAGUUGCCGCUGGUUUUGGCUAUUGGAGGUACAAAGCCAAAAGCAAGCAAAUCUUAGCUUCUGAUGGCACUGGAAACCAAGUCAUCGGGGUGAGGAAGACUCUGGCUUUCCGUGAAGGGAAGCAUUCCAUUGGCAAUGUCCCUGGCACUCGAUGGAUCUUGCAUGAAUUCAGCCUCGCAGCAACUCCGGAAAACUCGAAAUCGACAACGAUGGCUCAUGCCGGAGAUGCGAAUUGGGUGGUCUAUCGGCUGUUUCAGAAGAAAAUGAGGGCCAAGAGAAAUGGCAAUGGCAAUCUUUCUCACCCCAAGAGGAAGAAGAGAAGCUCAGUGACUGAUCUUGGGAGUGAAUGCUCCGUUGGUGAUUCACUAGGCACUCCUCCUCCACCAUCUCCAUGUUCAAGCUCCAUCACUGACGUUUCCUCUUCUGGUAAUAUGUUGGAUCAGGAGGAUAUCAGCAGCUCUUUUCGCUAGUUCUUUCGUCUCGAUUAGAAUUUAGAUGCGGCAAAAUCGACCUCUCCUUUGUUGCCGAAUCAUUAGACCUUUCUUGCGCAGCGAAAUCACAAAUUGGCCGGCCCAAAAGCGGGCGGGGAGAAAUGAAGUGCAUUUUCACAUUUCAAUUGGAGAAUUUUCUUGCUUGUGCUUUUGC